AUAAACUAUAGGCUGGCAUCUAAUGGCCCAUCCACACGGCCUUUUCGUCAGUCUAUUUUAAUGCAUCUUCAAAGACCCGCGUUCAUAGUUGCUGCUUGUCACGCCGCUAGGGUUUUAUCUGAGAUCCGGUAGCGUCUCAGUAUACCGUGCAACCGAAUCGGGAAGCCAUGUCUAAGAGAAAGACAAGGGAGCCCAAGGAGGAUACAGUGACCCUCGGACCAAGCAUACGCGAUGGGGAAUUAGUUUUUGGUGUUGCCCACAUUUUUGCUUCGUUCAAUGAUACAUUUAUACAUGUAACUGAUUUAUCUGGGAGAGAAACUUUGGUCCGCAUUACUGGUGGUAUGAAAGUGAAGGCUGACAGAGAUGAAUCUUCUCCAUACGCAGCUAUGCUUGCAGCCCAAGAUGUGUCUCAGCGAUGCAAGGAACUUGGAAUAACUGCUCUUCACAUAAAGCUUAGGGCUACUGGAGGUAACAAGACGAAGACUCCAGGUCCAGGUGCCCAAUCUGCUCUUAGAGCCCUUGCUCGUUCUGGCAUGAAAAUUGGUCGCAUAGAGGAUGUUACUCCGAUUCCAACUGAUAGCACUCGUCGGAAAAGUGGUAGAAGGGGAAGGAGGCUGUAGGGCCCCUCUCGUUCUUUGUUUGUGAGAAACUUCAAACUCAUGAAGAGUUAUUAUUUACUAGUACGAUGUUUGGAACUUUUGUUUCUCUCGGUGAGAAAAAGGUCAAAGUUGAUCGUUUUGAACGUUCGAUAUCAAACAUGACUUAUUUGUUUCCUUGUUCGUUGAACUUCUAAUCUACAUAUAUCUUUAAA